UCUCCGAAAAAUUCGAUAAAUGUACCGCCUUGCUGUCGCGUUCAGGAAAAAAUACGGCGUGAUGUGACUUUCGGUGCACUAAAGCAAUGGGAAACAGCAAUGAGGGUUAGCUGAGGGACUGUUUUCACGUGGGAAUAGUAAUUAAAAACAGCAGAGAUUCAAAGGCAGUAAUACCAGUGUUCCUGAUAAUCAUGACAUCAAGACUAGAUAGGCUAUUUAUUUUAUUGGAGACUGGAACGAAUGCUGUGACAAAACGUGCAGCAGCUCAACAAUUAGGAGAAGCUCAACGGUUGCAUCCUCACGAACUGCAUCAUUUAUUAGCUAGAGUAUGCACGUUAUUAAAAUCAUCACAAUGGGACACAAGAGUUUCGGCAGCACACGCUGUUCAAGCGAUUUUAUCCCAAGUUCCACCUUGGGACCCGGAACCCAUCAAAGAAGUAUCAAAUUCAGAAGAAACGAAACCAAAUCAACGCAGGUUGAGCAACGCAAAUCGAAAACUAAGUCUACACGAUUUCAAUAUGGGUCGAGUACUGGCAAAAAGUUCUCACCUUACAGGAUCAGAAGGAAGCGAAUACGACAUAAACAACGAAGAGCAAUCCUUGGCGAAUCAAGAAGAAAAGAUUGCUGCCAAAUUGGGUUUUCAUCCGCGACUCAUGGGCGUUGAUGCAGCCGAUUUAUUCAGUGCAGAAGACUUGGCUCCUGUUCCCUCAACUGUGUUGAAAAACGCAUCUGGUAAAGUUUCUGUUGAAGAAACAUUGGGCCAGGGCGAGGGUCUUAGCAGGCGUGAAAUGAACAGGGCGAAACGUAAGGCCCGGCAAUCGAUUUCGAAACAACGUUCCAGAGAUCCAGACGAAGCCUCUUCGGAUCAUUCUAGUUCAUCCAAUAAUCAAUCACAAGCGAACAGUAGUGUAGAAUCUUCGGUGAAGAAAGUCAAAAUAGAGGAAGCAAUCUCGGAAAAUUGGUGGAGUUCCAGCGAAUCGGGACCCCCAGUACCGGACGGAACCGGAAGCUGGCCAGACACUGCCAUUGACUGGCCUCUAGAGUUCUUUGCGGAAAGUUUGUGUCAGGAUCUUUUUAGUCAAAAGUGGGAAGUACGACAUGGAGCGGCUACAGCGUUAAGAGAACUAGUUCGCCUUCAUGGAAAAGGAGCUGGAAAAUCUAGGGACCAGACGGCACAAGAAAUGGCGGAGAGCCAUCGGCAAUGGGUAGUGGAUGCAGCACUCCGUCUUCUCUGCGUUUUAGGAUUAGAUCGAUUCGGAGAUUUUGUGUCGGAUCAGGUGGUUGCACCAGUCCGAGAAACGUGUGCUCAAGCCUUGGGCUCUCUUAUGCUUUUGAUGUCGAAGGAGAAGGACAAACUUGAUUGCGAUAAGGAUUUAAUGGGAAUUCUAUCAGUUGUGUUGAAUCUUCUUGAACACGAUGAGUGGGAAGCGAGACAUGGAGCUUUGCUCGCCUUGAAGUACUUGCUCGCUGUGCGAGACGACCUUCUGGAUGAACUUCUCCCGAAGGCUUUUCCGGCUGCCAUGAAGGGACUCGCUGACCCUGUGGACGACGUGGGUGCAGCUGCUGCGAGUGCACUUAUUCCCGUGGCUUCAGCUUUACCUCGAUUACUUGAUGCGUCUCAACUCGAAGUAGUCGUCUUGAGACUUUGGCAACUUUUGAAGGAGCAGGACGAUCUAGCGGCUGCUUGUAACAGCUUCAUGGGACUUCUAGCUGCUAUUUUGUCACUGCCGGCUGCCCGUGCUUGUCUCACUCCUCAACCAUUGUCUGAGGUUUUACCCCGUCUCUGGCCAUUUCUCAGUCACUCGAGUUCGAGUGUCCGAAAAGCAACGCUACAAACCCUCCAAACUUUAACCGGAGACGACGGAGACAACGAGAAUAGCAGAAAAGAACGUUGGGGUGAAGGUGGUGGUCUUGUUUUGCAAGAAGCUCUUCGUCAUGUGUUUCAGCGAGUAUUAAUCGAACAUGUGCCUUCAAUCCAGGAGGUAGCGGAAUGUGUAUGGGAGAAUCUAGUCGUUCGAAGUGAUCUCGAAAUGUUGCUACACGCGGCAUGUCCUUUAGUCAGCACCUGGCUCUGCCUUGCCAUGCAACCGGAACACAUGCCGUUUAAUCUCAGUCUCCUAAUGAAUGUCAUUCUCACUCAAAAGAAUACAAAAAGCAGUCAGCCGACUGACAACAAUGAGGCGACUGUAGACCUUGCAAGUGGAGCGCCAAAUGCUAUUAAACCGACGUCGGAGCUCAAAGUUUACUUAGGAGGAAUUGAAACAGUCGCUCAAAAUACGCGACAUGCGAAUGUGGUUCGAGCUCGUUGCAUGGCAUCUAGAAUGCUUGGAUUGCUCUCUAGCUACGUGGUGAUGCCAGCACCAGGAGUUAUCUACACUCCGGACAUCCCUAGUCCGGCACUUUGCUACGCCAAGGUUCUCAUGGCUCAUCUAAAUUCGAGAUCCGCGCUGCAAAGGAUAGUUGCUGGUCUAACUAUGGCAUAUUGGGCUGCACUCGAUCCUUCAAAGCCACCUGAUGUGCCGGACAUACUCAGGGAUAAAUUGCUGGUCUGUUUGAACGAAUGUGUCUACUACGACGAAAUCGCAGGGGCAUUCACUCGAUUGUUACAUGAGAGUCGAGACUACUUAGCAACCUUGAAGCACUACAAAAUACCUGUACCUGUGGAGGUCAAUAGCUCCGGUGUGAUGACCCUAGAUCAAAUAGCUCUUCUUGUGUCAAGACCAAUUCCUGGAGUUGUGAUAAGCGGACCUUCUGAAAAUCACGGUAACGGAUCUGUUUCUGCGAUUGUAAAUAGUCCAGUUAUCGUCAAGCUCAAACCAAAGCUAGUCGAGAGUUUGGAGGAACGUCGGCGGGCGCUGGAGUCGGGUGCGCAAACGACCUCGGCCCAACAGCAGGCAUACAAUGUCACGUCCACAGCUGCUCUUGCGGGAGCUGCAACCAUGCUCAAGUGUCUUCCUGUGCCUCCCCAACCUCUGAACCCCCUCGUUAAACCGCUCAUGGAAUCUAUCAAACGCGAGGAGGACGAAGAGCUCCAGAAGUUGGCGGCGAAACAUUUGGCUCAUCUCGUCAACUUCUGCGUCGAAAGGAAACCUUCCCCUAAUGCUAAGAUAACAACCAAUUUGUGCACCUUUCUUUCUUCGGAUAUGGAAUUUACUCCUAGAGCAACAACUGGAACUUGUGAUCCUUUCGAUGGAAUUUUGACUUUAAUCAAUAGACAGAGACACGCUGAGAGAAUAGCGUACAAUCGAGGGUCAGGUGGAGGAACCAGUUGCAGCAGAGGACCGGGUCGACCACCAGCUACGGAAAUUCCUCUGGAGGAACUACUAGCCUGUGAGGAACCUGAGGCCAAAGCUUCUAGAACAAGGCGGCGAGGAGCUACGCUCGCUCUCACAGCCAUAGCAACUCUACUCGGUACUCAUCUGCCAUCUCGACUGCCUCAUCUUUGGGAUUUGAUGGUCCCGUCUAUUAUACGCUGUACGGAAAGGACGGGAAAAACCAUACAUCAAAAUGAUUUCGAAGAAGAAGUCAAUAAACUAGUAUUCAGCUUACAAGUGUUAGAAACAAUGGCUCCAAGUGUGGCUCAACCCCUUUUACCUCAAAUAUUAGAGUGCCUUCCCUAUUUAUGUCUCCUGUUGGCUCAUCCCUAUAAAUCAGUGAGGCAUAUGUCAGCCCGUUCUAUAGCAGUUCUCGCAUCCUUGGACGUCGAAACGACAAUGAAUUACGUAGUGAAAAGUGUAAUUCCUUCACUUGAAACGACGAGUGCGGAGGAAGGAAUCAAUAGGACGAGGCCAAACGACGUGGACAUUCGACGUCAAGGCGCUGCGGAAGCUUUGACUUGUCUCGUAGAGGAUUUAGGAGUAAGAAUAGUUCCAUACGCAGUCUUAUUUAUGGUACCUUUGCUUGGGAGGAUGAGUGAUCAAAAUCAAGCAGUGAGAUUGGCUUGCAGCUCCACCUUUGCCACGCUUGUUCAAUUAUUGCCCCUGGACCCUGGCUCGGUCGCCGAUCCACCUCAUCUCGUAGAGAAGAAAGCUCAGGAACGAAAGUUUUUGGAACAUCUCCUGAACCCACACAACAUUCCGGAUACGAAACUAACAGUUCCCGUUGCUGCAGAACUUCGGUCAUAUCAACAACAGGGAUUAAAUUGGCUCGACUUCCUUAAUCGAUACAGACUCCAUGGUGUUCUUUGUGACGACAUGGGUCUUGGUAAAACCCUGCAAACACUCUGUAUUCUUGCUUUGGAUCAUCACAGGAAUCGUCAAGCUCCGCCGAGUCUAGUUGUGUGUCCACCAACUCUUACAGGUCAUUGGGUAUACGAAGCAGAAAAGUUCUUCAAAGUUCGUGAUCUUUCUGUAAUCCAAUAUGCCGGAACACCUCCAGAACGAGAAAAAUUGCGACCGCGAGUUGCUCAAUACAAACUCGUAGUGGCGAGUUAUGACAUCGUGCGGAAAGACAUUGAAUUUUUCGAGGGAAUUCAGUGGAAUUACUGCGUUCUGGACGAAGGUCACAUUAUUAAAAACGGAAAGACCAAAAGUGCAAAGGCUGCGAAGAGACUUCAUGCUCAUCACAGACUCAUUCUUUCCGGAACUCCGGUGCAGAAUGACGUUCUUGAAUUGUGGUCGCUAUUCGAUUUCCUGAUGCCCGGAUUCCUCGGCAGUGAAAAACAAUUUGCGGCGAAAUAUUCUCGACCUAUCUUGGCAUGUCGGGAACCGAAAGCCGGGAAUAAGGAACAGGAAGCGGGAGCUCUAGCGAUGGAGGCUCUUCACCGACAAGUACUGCCUUUCCUGUUGAGAAGGAAUAAAGAAGACGUUCUGCAAGACCUUCCACCCAAAAUCACUCAGGAUUAUUAUUGUGAACUUUCACCUCUGCAACGAACUCUCUAUGAGGACUUCAGAUCGAGACAUUCUGCGACACUAGCUGUGAAUUCUUCAGGCUCAGCUGUAAAUAAUCCCCACGGCGGCCACGUGUUUGAAGCGCUGAGGUACCUGAGAAAUGUUUGCAAUCAUCCGAAACUGGUUCUCAGUCCUCGACAUCCUCAAUAUCAAACGAUUUGCGCUUCACUUAAACAGCAACAAAGCUCCUUAGCCGAAAUCGAGCAUGGGGCGAAAUUACUAGCCCUGAAGCAACUUUUGCUUGACUGCGGAAUUGGUCAGCCACAGCAACAGCAGCCAAAAUGCUUGUCAAUCAUGAACCCAAUGACUGCCCUCGACGGACAGCAACAGCCACAACAGUUAGUGAGUCAGCACCGAGCGCUGAUUUUCUGUCAAUUAAAAGCGAUGCUGGACAUCGUAGAGAAAGACCUACUUCGUGUUCAUCUGCCAACUGUGACAUAUUUACGAUUAGAUGGAAGUAUACCUGCUGCGCAAAGGCAUUCGGUGGUCGCUCGAUUCAACGCCGAUCCUUCUAUAGACGUUCUUUUAUUGACAACUCAGGUUGGCGGUCUUGGUUUGAACUUAACCGGCGCAGAUACAGUUAUAUUCGUUGAGCAUGAUUGGAAUCCGAUGAAGGAUUUACAAGCGAUGGACCGUGCGCACCGAAUCGGGCAGAAGAAAGUGGUAAACGUUUAUCGGCUGAUAACCAGAGCGACGGUUGAAGAAAAGAUUAUGGGACUGCAAAAGUUCAAGUUGUUGACGGCCAAUACUGUUAUCUCUACGGAGAAUGCUUCCCUGGAAACUAUGGGCACCGAUCAGCUCUUGGACCUCUUUUCUUUGGAAAAUAGCAAGGAUAGGAGAUCCGAUCGCUACGAAGACGGUAGCUCCAAGGUCAGUGGAGUCCCAGGAGUAAGUCGCGCGGUUCUUGAAAUUCUUCCCGAACUCUGGGAGCAGCAACAAUAUGACGACGAGUACGACCUCGACUCGUAUUUGUCCACCUUGAAAGCCGAUAAUCAGCAGUAGUUUUGGUUAGAGAGCGUUAUCAUAAAGUAGUAUCUACAGUCAAUUUAUUUCCCAGAAUGUAUUCUUUGUAAGUCUCAACCUUUGAAAAACAUGAAGUCAAUACUAUACGCGCGUUAUUAUUCCAGAAGUUUCCCUUGGGCUCUGUAUCCAAUUUAUAGAAACGAAUACUCGAGCGUAGGUUUAGUUUUCGUCCUAAGUCCGAUAAAGUAAAAAAAAAAAAAAAAAAAAUACGCGAAAUUCCGUUGUAACGUGGAAAGGUGCCACAACGAAUCUACACAGUCCAAUUAAAAAGGUAUGCCUUUAGCGUCGAAUGAAGACUCGAGCGAGUUGAUUAUACUUAGGAACGUAAGUUAAAGUAGAUCGUAAGGCUUUUCUUUAUUUAUAUUAACUUAUCAAACUGUCAAUACAAUUAUGAUUUGUACCAAA